AUGGAGCAACAUAAAUUGGGAAGGGAAUCGCAACUCUGCAACGUAGUUACCAACGAGCAGUUGAAUCAGCAGUUAUCCAAAUUCUGGGAGUUGGAGGGUAUAUCUUACAAAGAGGUAGUUCCUCAUCCAUGCGAUAAUCAGUUCUUGAGAAUGGUGAGACGGAAUUCAAAUGGGCGCUACAUUGUCAACAUUCUUUUCACCGAAGACGUGUCCGAGCUGGGCGAUUUGCGCGGGAUGGCGGAAAAACUCCGCGAAACGAAAACUUGCGAAUUCGCCGGUAUUACACAUAUUUCCAACUUCUAUCUGCCGCAUCACACUGUCGUCAAGACCGUUAGUACAAUCACCAAGAUACGAGUAGUCUUCGAUGGUUCUGCGAAAUCCUCGAUAGGGGUUUCUCUCAAUGAUAUGCAGCAAAUUGGGCCGACAGUUCAGGAAGAUCUUUUAUCUAUUUUAAUCCGCGCAAACACCGUGAAAGAGACAAUUGUGAUCAAGAGGGAGAUAGAUACACUCCUACAAUCGUUGGGUUUAAAUUUACGAAAAUGGGCCUCGCCAACGAACCCUCAAUUGUCAAGAGGCGAGUUCAUAGUCGUGAGCCCCCAACCCGAGAAGGAUCCUCGUACACUUGAUCUAUGCUGA